CCUCCUCAGCGUGCUGCGGUGCUGGGGCGCAGAGACCCAAGCACAGCUCAGCAGCUCUUAGACCCUGUGCGGGGUACCCCGGACGCCCGAGCUCACGGUUCAGGUUUGGCCAUCUCUGGGCGGCAGGGCAAGGACCCUCUACCAAAGCCUCCACAACCAUGGACAACCCCAGCAUACAGGAACUCCAGCAACCCUUACUGCCAAGCAUAACCUGUGACCUCCUGGCUCCCAGGGCUGAGAAACCAGAGCUGAGAACCCCCUUCCCAGAAACUGCCUUUGCAGAGUCCCCGGAAGGCUGGCAGCUCUUUCUCCCACCUCUGCCUUCAGUGAGCGCUGGCCUGGGGGAGCCUGAGACCCCUGACCUUGAGGACACAUCAUGCAGUGACAGUGACUCAGAUUAUGAUGGGGGCGACCGGCUCUCUCCACUUCUUCCCCAUGACCACCUCGGCCUGGCGGUGUUCUCUGUGCUGUGUUGCUUUUGGCCUGUGGGCAUUGCUGCCUUCUGUCUGGCCCACAAGGAAAAUGCCUGAAGAGCUGUCUCAGCUGUCUUUUCAAGCUCUCUCUGACCCACGACUACACCACACUAGAAGCAAUGACCUCCAGCUUAUAUAGCCUUUAACAUCUCAAUCACAACUCACCCUUGUCAACUCCGUCUCUGCCCUCUUCAUCGGUCUACUCUGGUAGUUUCUCAACCUUGCAUGACCUCUCAAAGUUAGCUGGCCCAACUGGGAUAUAGGGUUGUGUGGGUCUCAGCCACAACACCUCUCUUUUCUUUCUUUUACCCUGAUGAAAUGUGUAUACCAUAGAAAGGCAUGCUUUCUUAAACGAUGACACCGGAGAAGGGGAGAUACUUGUCAGCGCAGGAUGGAAAGAUCACGC